AUGGGUCAGUUGGCCAUGUCGCGUGCCCUCGGCGACCGCCGCCUCAAAGACAAGGGUGUGAUUGCGGAUCCCGAGGUCACCGUCAUCGGCCGCCACCCGCGGGACGAGUUUCUGGUGCUGGCCAGCGACGGCCUGUGGGAAGUGAUGUCGGACGAAGAGGCCAGUACAUUGGCCCGCAGGUGCCUCAAGCGGUCAAAAGAGCGGGAAACAGAUGCAGAAACGGCGACGAGGGCGACGGCACGUGUCCUAAUUAGGACAGCUCUGGACAAGGGGUGCAGGGACAACAUCACCGUAACUAUCAUUGACUUGAGCUGA